AUGCCCGUCCCUCAUCCUGUUCGUCCUCGAGGGGGAUCAGCUGGCGAGAGACCAGGCAGUUCUCAUCGAGAUGACUCAAAGGUCGGCAGAUUAGACGGACCCACUGCUUGUGGCCAAUGUGGACAAGGCGUCAGAGGGCAAUUUGUACGAGCAAUGGGCAAGGUCUAUCAUCUGCAGUGUUUCCGUUGCAAGGACUGCGACAAAGUCGUUGCACAGAAAUUCUUCCCCAUAGAGGAGGCAGACGGGAUGCACCCGUUAUGUGAGAGGGAUUAUUUCGCCAGACUUGGCUUGAUCUGCGGCAAGUGCGACCAGGCAUUACGGUCGAGCUACAUUACUGCGUGUGGCAACAAAUACCACGUCGAGCACUUUACGUGUUCCGAAUGCGAUGUUCUGUUCGGACCCAACGAUUCAUACUAUGAGCAUGGUGGCAAAGUCUAUUGUCAUUUCCACUACUCGACACGCUUUGCGGUCAAGUGCGUUGGUUGCGAGACGGCUAUCCUGAAACAGUUCGUGGAGAUGAAUAGAAACGGGCGUGACGAAUGCUGGCAUCCAGAAUGCUACAUGAUAUCUAAGUUCUGGAACGUACGACUUGCAUCUAAAUCAUUCAACACUCCGGCCAACUCUGCAGUUUCCUCAGCAGUCUCCCUGCUGGAGAUGACCCCUACAUCCAACGCCACUACGCCGGCAUCCGAGCUCGAGUUGACACCGGAGCAAUUGAAAGAAAAGCAAGAUGUCAUGGAACGCAAGGUGCAACAGAUCUGGCAUGUCCUGUCAAGCUACGAGGAGAGCUCAGCAGCUUUAAUCGGAGAUAUGUUGAGAGCUGUUAACGGCCGCCAGCUGCUUGAGAUCAUCCUCUUGGCGGAACGUUUCAUCUUAUAUGUCGAGGUGUUGUUCGCUGCGAUCGACGAUCUGGAGGCUCAAUUCGCUCUCGCCGGCGUCAAGGGCAUGUCACACGCACGCGAGGCCAAACAUCUGUGCAGGCGUCUGGUCAACCUCCUCUCCGCCAUGUCUGCCGUCUCGCCGAAUACAGAAGAGCUCUUCAAUCUCAUCACUCAGCUUGCACAUUAUCUGAAGAUUCUCAUCCGUGUUGCCCUCACCGGAGCAAUCAAGUUGGAGCGGGAUCUGGGCAACCCCACCGCCAUGUCAAAUUGUCUCGCACGGCUGAACCUGCUGGCGAUGGACAACGGAGAUCCCACCGUACAGACUCGAGGGAAUCAUCCGCCAACGACGAACCUUUCCACUGCAAGUGAUGAGGAGCAACUGCAGCGGAAUAUCGACAGUCUGACGCGGCAGCCGCAAGGCUACAUCCCGAGCACGCAAAACAUCGCCUAUGGCUAUCGAUCAUUAGCUUUGGAAAUCACUGGCGAGUCCACCUUACGUGGAUCACUGGACGAAGAUACGAUUCCUUCCGAAGGCUGCGGGCUGUGUAAGCAGCCAGUAGAGGAAGACUGCGUUCGACUUGGCAUGUUUACCCGGUGGCAUCCUGCCUGCCUUAUCUGUAUCAUUUGCGGUGACAAGGCCGGGGCUCCUCUUCUUCCACCCAAGGAGCCUGAAGAACCCUCUGAAGAUGCUGCCGCGCCAGUCGUCAAGAAGCGAACACCUCCUCGAGUUGACGACUUUUUCUAUGAGCUCCCAGACAACAUCAACGCUUUGACCGUACCAGAGACGAUUCUCUGUGUCAUUCAUCGCACACCGACAGCAAAGAACGGCUUCAAAGGUGUUUCAAGACUGGAGCAAUACGCAUUCUUAUUGCAUAUUGCUUUGCGGAGGUUGUACGUGCAUUUUAGAGUCAACCAUGAUCUACCGAGUGUCCGGGGGCAUACCCUUGACGAUGCUGCCGACGUCAAGCGAGUCAAGUCUGUUACUUUGGACCGAAAAUUGUCCUACACUGCGCGUCUUCCACAGCGAUCUACGGUCGUGGAAUCGCCUGCGGGUCGCAUGGCGGAUGAGAAUGGUCAGGUUGUCUCGGCCCGAGGAUCCGCCAAUGGGCACGAGCCACUGAACAUGGAGGAUACAGCAGGACCUUCAGUCGAUGUCAUCCGACCGCCAUUUGCCCGGAACAACACCAGCAUCAUGAUCAUAAACGAGAAUGCGCCUGGAAUCGACCAUCUCCCGUCCAUCGAUGACGAUGCGCUCACCCUAGGCGACAUACCACUCUUGGCCACCCAAACCAGGGACGGUACGACGCAAGAUGGCCGGCCACUACUGUCCUUACUCAACCCUGUGCAGAGCCUCAUUGUCAAGCACUUUGCGCUUCUCCAAUUGCAAAAGACCCCGAUAGGUCAUCUAGUGGAGCUUGACGAGAUCCUCGAGCUAUUGGAUACGCGGAAGAAUCAGUGGUGGAACAAGAUCUUCAAAGGCCCAAACAAGAAGGACCAGAAGAAGAAGGGCACAUUUGGAGUUCCGAUUGAGAUCCUUGUGGAGCGGACUGGGUCCGAUUCACAGCAGGGUGCUUCAAAUGCCCAUUUACGCGUACCAGAGUUCAUCGAGGAUAUUAUCUCCACCAUGCGUCAAAUGGAUAUGGCGAUUGAAGGUAUUUUCCGGAAGAAUGGCAAUAUUCGGCGGCUGCAACAGGUCGCGGAUGCGCUCGACAAGGAUCCCGCAACUGUGAACUUGUCCGAGGAGAAUCCUGUUCAGCUGGCAGCAUUGCUCAAGCGUUGGCUGAGGGAAUUACCAGACCCGUUGCUUACAUUCCGCCUCCAUCGACUUUUUUGUGCAGCAGCAUCCCUACAGAAUCGAGAUGACCGACAUCGUUGCCUGCACCUGCUAAUCACCCUCCUGCCUCGAUACAACCGAGAUACCAUGGAGGUGCUCUUUGUCUUUCUCAAAUGGGUUGGCACGUUCUCUUACCGCGACGAGGAGACUGGAUCUCGGAUGGACAUGGCAAAUUUGGCGACUGUCAUCUGUCCUUCGAUUCUGUACGCCAAAGGCGCCAACGCUGCGCGGGACGAGUCCUUCAUCGCCAUUGAGGUUGUUCAGGAGUUACUCGAGAACCAAGACGACUACUAUCGCGUCCCUCACGACCUCAUGUUCGUGAUCAAUGAAAACAUCUUCAACAUUUUUACGAAAGAGCUCGACCUCCCGCCGAAAGAGAUCCAUCGACAUUGCCAAAAAUACAUGCAAGCUCGAACUGAACAUCGUCGAAUGUUCGGACCAGGAUUCGGACGGGAGGAUUUCCGCCGACAUGAAGGGAUAAUUGAGCCGACUCCUCAUCCCAACGGUUCACGAUCCCAUGCGACUAUUGCUGGAUCAUCCAGACCUACUAGCUGGGCCCAGAUAUCUGGCUCGCAACAGUCCCUCAACGCAAACAUGAAUUCUCCUGGUGGGGCCCCCUGGCGUGGACCAUUCCAGGGCAGUGCCAAUGGCUCCAGGAACAGUUCGAGAGGAUCGGCGCCGAGCUCCCCGGGACCUGACGGGGAACGUCGAUCCAUACAAUUGGAAAGGGACAGAAGUUGGACUCCAGUGCUACCUUCUGCGCAGCGUGAGCGUGAGCGUGAACGAAUCGAGCGGGCAUAA